CCAAAAGAAGCUGCAGAAGGACACCAACUACAGCAAAAAGACUGGUGCCAAAAGAGAAAAGGAUUCCCCUGUGACACGAGCAACUUCCAAGUCACCCCCAUGCCACUACCUCUGAUAUCUGACGACCUGCACAGCCACAAGGUUUUGCCAAGGACAAGUUACAGGAACGUACCAUGCUGUCUCCCAAACUUUGCCAGAAUGGGAGGGAAAACGGAAGCUCUCUGCCAAUUCACCCAAGGAACAUCAAUGCACCUUAAGGAAUAUAUCCAAACUGAUAGAGACCCUGAAGGAACUGUAGACAAGGACAGAAAGAAAAAAGACAAGUUAUAGCCACAGUAGCGAACACUGAAGGGUUACAAGAGUGCAUAUCAGGAGAAACAGGCAGCUUUCCAUGCCUUGUGUAACAGAGCAUGUGUGGUAUUUAAAUGAACAGUUACUACUCAACAUUCCAGUGUAAUUAGGAGUAAACAAAGUCUACCUUUUUCAUUUUUCAAAUGGAUUAUUCUGGAUAAGGGCGUUUACAGACGAGCUCAUACUGUGGAUUAGAAAUCACUGAAUGGAUUGAUUUUCAGAAGAAACCUUAUUUACUCAUUUUUGCUUGAGAUGUUUAUUUGCUUGAUCCUACAUACCGGAGAUCCAUAGACUGCAGAUCCUCAUGCCAUGUCCAAGCCCACAGAAACCAAAUGUGUGCCUCAGUCUCUGUCAUUCUCAGGCAGUGGCUUCCUUUCAGUGUAUCAGAUGGGAGCAGUAAAUGCACUGUGGGAUCUGGCCCCUGAACUCCUGCAUUCAGCUCCCAAGGUUUAUGGAGCAUCAGGUGGAUCUAUCGUCGCUGCAGCUGUUGUCUUGCGGCUCAAUAUAGAUCAGGUGGAGAAAACCAUCGUUGAAGCAGCAAAGGAUGCCAGCAAGUCUGUACUUGGGCCAUUAUUGUCAAAAUUUAAUUUAGUGACCAUUCUGCAGAAUGCUUUGCAGCACAUUCUACCUGACAAUGCACAUGAGGAGGCCACUGGUCGUCUCUAUGUUGGCGUUACUCGAUUAUCUGACGGAAAAAAUAUAAUGAUUUCUGAUUACAAAUCAAAAGAGGAAGUUAUUCAGGCACUUAUUUGCAGUUGUUUCGUUCCUAUUUACUGUGGGCUUGUCCCUCCUUCUUUCCGAGGAGUGAGGUAUAUUGACGGAGGACUUAGUGGCUUUCAACCUCGCUAUGGCAAAACAUCCAUGAUAACUGUGUCUCCUUUUUCUGGAGAGAUUGAUAUUUGUCCGCGGGACAGCCCUCUUUGUCAUCUUUGCUUACACGUAUGCAACACCAGUUUUCAGCUCACAGCAGGGAACCUCAGUAGAAUAAGCUAUGCAUUAUUUCCACCCCCAAUCUGGAUGCUGAAUGAAUUCUUUUACCAAGGCUAUAAAGAUGCUGCUGACUAUCUACAAAGGGUUGGCAUCAAUAAGGCUCAGGAACAAACUAUCUUAGGAACACAGCAAUGUAAAACUGGUCUUUAAAUUAAGAUUUUGAAAAGGUAUCAGAAAAUGUUUCAAUAGUGGACAUUGCGGAAGCUUUAUGUGUACGUAUGUGUACUUUUGUGUGAGUUUGGCUACUUUCACACAAAAAAUGAAAGACAGUUGUGAAGAAGCAUCUGACAAAUCACAGGAUUUUUAUGUUCUGGAGGCUUUUUUUAUUAUACGUAUUGAUAAUUUCUGGAAUAUUAACAGCAAAUGUAUGCAUGUGUGCUUAUUUGUAUACAAAUAUUAAUAUACUAAUAUAUAUAGAUUUUUUUUAAUAUAAUAAAUGCAUACAGGUUAUAACAAAUCUGCCCUCAGUAAAUGUGUAUAGUUUACGAUAUUCUCCUAGCCACUGAGAGCAUAGGGUUUUGUUUUUUUUAAUGAAGAAAUCCAAAGAAACUUUAUUAAUACAGCCAAUAUAUAUAUUCUGAUCGUAUUGCAUAUCAAGACAUAGAAUAUUACAACAAAUCGCCACCAGGCUGCUCAAACCUCCCCAACAGAACUAUGAACUAAACUUCCUGAACAAUUGUAAAUAACCAUACAUUAUUAUUACAAAGAAAUGGAUUGUCUGAAUAAUGUUUUUGUUUUCUUUUUUAAGAUUCAAAGACAACGCCUGUGUUUGGUCCAUAUUCCACCUUUCACCCAUUUAUAAAUAAUCCUUUAAAAAUCCCAUAAGGAUGAAUAGAAUGUGGGUGACUUUUUAUGUAUUAAGCUCUGAACUUACAUUUUGAUAAAUCUGCCCCCUAGUGUCUGCAUACAAAAUUGUCUGUAAUGUAGAAAUUUGCAUGACCAACAGGAUAAAAUAACCCCUUUUUUGCGCAGGGUACAGUGAAUGGUGGGUCCAAACUGCACUAGGGCUGUGUGCAGUCCUCUAUAAAAGUGACCUUUUCUAGUAGCUUUUAGCCUUCUCAGGCUUUUCCUCUGGCGAGUUUGUAUUGAGUUUUGGUAAUAAAACAUCUGUACAGUU